UUACAGUAUGUUCAGUUGAUGUCUUUUAUUUUGAAGACGCGUAUCUAUUUUCCGGAAAUUGUAGCGCAGGGGCUCAUUUUGAAGCUAACAGAAUAACGGCUCGGCGACAGUGUUCACGUCAAUGUUUACCUCUGGAAUGGUGCAGAAUGCUGUAAUACUGUAAAUACCGACAUCACACAUCACCCAGUCUCCUCACUUCGGUCUUAGCAUCCAAAAGUGGAGGUCAAGCAAGGAUGGCUGUUACCCUCACUAUGUGACUGCAGGCUUUGCAUCAGUUGCACCCCAAUGACCAACACGUGGCAGCUCUCGCAAUGAAACCCAUGAAGUAUCAAAGUUGUGGCCAAUAUAACCCACUGCUGGAUCGCGUUUUGAGUGAGUCCAGUGUAAAGUUCUGUGGAAAAUGUGGAUUUGCUUCAAAAGACGCUACAACAUUUGACAAACAUCUUUCGGAACACGCAGGCCCAAAAUUUUACUGUUUUUACUGUAACAAGGUGUCUUUCAGUGAAUCAGAGCUACAUGCACACCUAAAGCAACAUACAUCCAGCUAUCCAUACAAAUGCCCUUACUGUGGACAGGGUUACAUAAGGAGGCAGUUUCUGAUGAAGCACAUCGAACGCCUUCAUAAAAAUGUCAGCGCGCUAUCUACCAAGCCAGACAUUGCCAAAAUCACUCAUGCCCCAGUCUCCAGUGCCUUACCGAAUGUGUCCUCUGCGGAUUCAUCACCACUUCGACCUGGUGUUCGAGUCACAGUUCCCCUACAGAGAGAACCUGUAGUUGGCCUUCAAGAUAAGCCAACAAUAAAGACAGUGACUGCUAAUGUAUCCUAUUCCACCGAUGGAGACUUGGAUCAUUUGUCCCUUGUGAAUGUACAUACACAGCAGAGCAGAGCUUUAACAGUUUCCCUUCCGGAUGACGUAACGAUCCCUUCUGGUUGUACAGUUGAGCUUGUGGAGGUAAAAACAGUGAAUGGAACAAAGGAGCUAAAACUGAGAUUUGUCUCUAAACAAGAAAAGUCUGCAAUUAAAGACUCAAAGAAUACCGUUCCUCAGAGCACUUUACUGGAAAAGCCGAUCACAUCCACGUUAGGUCCUCAGAUAUCUGCGGUGAAAUCUGGGGGUCUCGGAUCAAGCAACAGGCAACUGUGUGAAACUCAAACGUUAAACGUGGAGCGUCAUGCUGCUGUUCCGGUCAGCAUUUUCAAAAGGUUCCCAAAUCAAGUAAACACGGAAAGAAGUGGACAUAAAAGAGCAUUACCAUAUGUCAUUGAGUUGGAUUCUCCAGUUCCAAGCAAGAACACCAAGAUUCAAAUUAAAUCUAAAAGAGGGAGAGCCAGUGUGGGCCUUGAUGCACCUGGUGAACAUACACAUCUAAAAGCAGCUCUGUCCUCAGUCAGCUUCAACAGGCUAAACCAAACAGUGCAUGCAGACAAAAGGGAGACAAGUAUUUGUCCCCCUGUGAGAGCAGAGCAGGAGAAGAAAUCAUUACUUUCACAGCCAUCUCAGAGUGUCCCGCUGCAGAGUGAACGUGAUGCAAACAGCAGUGCUACGAGGAAGGAUCCUGAAAUUGUCAAAUUCAGGAAGAGGACUGAUUCAGAAUUCAUCAAAGAUGCAGCAGAAUUGAGUCAGCAAACUCUAAAAUCAACUCCUCUCUCCUUGUCUGUUCCUUCAACUAGUCCCUCUGCCCAAGUCAGACACCCAUUAGUUUCAGUGAGCAAGAACAGUGGGGUGGAAAAUCAGUCUUUUCCUGAAUUUAAGACUCUAACCCAACUAUUGGCCAAAACUGAUGUAGCCGAUUGUGUAAAUAAAAAUGGUUCUGGUUGGAGGCCUACUAUCAAGUCUGAGGACAGAGCAGGUGGAGGAGACAAAAAAGAACCAGAGAGUUUUCCAGUCAUUUCCUCUGUGUUUUCACUCAGUAGUCAACAGCCAAACCAGCCACUGGUGACGUCUCUGUGUGGCAUGGUGAUGAACAAAAGUUCGGAUGUUUCCUCUGAAGAUCACGUGAAAUCAAUAAAUGGUACAGAGAAGUCAUUGGAGGCACCAACACCCAGGUUGCCUCAGAUUUCUUUAAAAGAAGAACCCAACAUCUGCAAACCAUUAUCAACAGAAGGAUUAGUUGACUUUGUCAAAGAAGAGAAAAAGGAUACCAAUAUCCAGCAAGAUAAACCGCUGAUGGAUCAAAACGCCCAUAUUAAAGAAGAGAAAAGAAACUCUCAAAACUCUCAAACGGACAGUGAGCCUAAAUGCUUUUCCAACCCUCCUUUAAAUAAAAAGGCAGAACCGGAAUCUAGCCCAAAAACAGUUGAGCUAGUGGACGUGUCUGUAUGUACAGAUGGUCUACAGCAAUUUGUAAAAUAUGAGUCUGGCAUUUCUUCAAAGUUUCUCACCGUCUCACUAAAGAGGGUAGAGGUGGCAGUGUGGGAGAAAAGUAACACACGGAACUUUAUGGCCACUGUGACUGAUUGUGAAGCUCUUUCUCUGAUGCCACUUAAAGUGGAUCAACUGGUGAAAAGACCAGGACCGGACCAACCUGUGGUGGUGCUCAACCACCCAAAGCCCCGGGCACCUGAGCAGGUAUCCCGGACAGACACCAUCAGAACCACUGACUCCUCUUUUGUGGUUCCAAAGUGCCAAAUUCUAAAAAUGAGGCUGGGCAAAGUGAUGGGGCAGAAAUAUGAGGUGAAGGGUUGCACUGUUCGAAACUUACCAUGAACAUUUUGGACAACAGAGGAUGUCAAUUCAUUGGUAUUCUGAAAUUGGGAGUGUUCGGUCGUUUUUGCUAUAGGUGUCUGUAGUUGUGACUACAUAGGCCCUCUUUGAAGAGCCCUUCUGUUGAGUUCGCAUUUCAUGUGUCAUUUCAAGUGUUUCAAAGUGCGAAAUACCAGCAAGUCUACAAGAUUAAAAUUAAUGGAGGUAAACAUACCGUCUAUGUAAUAUGGUUAUUCUUUGGUUUUCAUUAUUUAAUUUGAUUUUAACCCCUGUACAGUUGGUCAAAAUAGACGAAGCCAUGGAGUUGCAGUUAACUACUAAACUAUGUUUCUAUAUUUUUUCUACCCCAACCUUUUUGAUUCUACGGCCCAACGACAGGUGUGUGUGUGAGGGAAGAUCACAUACAUGACCAAAUAUAUUUUAUUUAUUACAUAUAUAAUGUGAAUGACCUUAUCAAUAAAUCCUUAGUUGAUGCUCAUUCCCUCCUUGUUAGCAACAUUGUUAAUAAAUCACUACAAAGAAACUUGAAGUCCAAUCCACUCCAACAAGUAAAUAACACUAACAUGUCUUAAAGUUUCUACACAUAUACCAGAUUUCCAUGGAAUUCCUUAACUAUUUUUAUUCCUUUACUAUUUGUUUUGUAAUGUCAAAGGUGCCGGAUGAAAAAUUGACUGCAGAUUAGUCAAGCACUGAAGGAGUGGAAUGAACAGUGACAUGUUUUUCCAAAAAACAUGUCACAGUCCAUCUCUAAGUGAUUCGUGGGUCAGUACAUGCCUGGUAGUUGGGGACCCCUUCUUCAAAAUUUACAAUUUUUGUGCAAUUUAGAUGUUUUGUCUACAACCAGCAACCUUGUAGGAAAUUAUCAAGUUUCACUUAAUUGGACUUAAAACUAUUAUUAAUUUACCUGCAUUGGUCAAUGCAACAGUGAUAAAACAAAACAAAUAAAUACUCCACCACUAGAUGGCAGCAGAUGACCUAAAAACUAAGAAAAAGAGCGAGAGAGCCAGAGCUGUUAAAGAUCUUCAUGUGUGUUUCUUCAAAUCCUGCCAUUACAUCAGUGUUGUGUUUAACCAAACAAUCCCACAUUUUACACAGAGUAAGUACAUUCAGUACAUUAGAACUAGCUGAUUAUUGUAUUUCAUUAGUUUACUUUUUGGGACAUUCGUUUGGUGUGUUGUGCAUCUUUUCAAAUGUAAAAUGUAUGCCGUGGGUCAAAGAAUGCUAGGAGACAUUGAGUCUUUACCUUGGGAAUUUGUAAAAACUUGUGAUAAAAAAAAAACCCAUGUGCAUUCCUUCAGUACACGUAUUAGGUAUUACCACUCAAGGGAAUACAAAAGUCCAGUAUUUCUGUGUUGUUUUGCGUUUAGCAAGCAGGCUUAACAGUUCUUUUUGUACCGCUGUAAAUUUUCUUUUUUAAUUUUAAUUACUUUUUGUAACUACUUUUUUUUUAAAAUUCCUACCGUCAACUUAAGCAAUCAGGACUAUGAUUUUCAACCAAACUGGCUUUACAAGCCUACAUCCAAUCUUCAACUUAAACUUACUUAUUUUUUUAAGACCUGGCGAUAGAGUGUUGAGUAGUUUAAUAAAUCAACAACUUCUAGAAAGAGUUUAAAUUGCCAAUUUUAAAUAUAUGACUGCAUUUUGACAGUAAGUGUGAAUACCUAAAAAUUAUCCAAGUUUAUGUCUUGAAUUAAAAAAAAUGUCGUUUUUUUAUUGUAAGCAUGGACUGUGUUGUACUAGUCUUAAAAAAUAUAUAUACAGAUAUUCUGGAUUGAGAAUAUUAAAAAGCAUUCAAAUACGUCCAAAAUACAACACGGAAAUAUUUAAAAAUAAAUCUGCACCUUUUUGCAUAGAGUCUUUGCAGCUGCGCUCUCUUUCAUCAAAGCAGUAGAAGCAGCAGCAUUAGUACAGCAACAGACCAGUGUACGACUGUACAAACUGGAAAAACAUAUGGAGUACCAGAGCUCUAUGGUUACAUUUUAUAAUUAUUUGCUUCGUCAACAGAUAAUAUGGUCAAUAAACUCCAUAAUAUUAACAGUAGACUGUUCACUGGGAUAUGGAAGAGUUCUUACACUAAAGUGUUGUUUUGUGUUGUUAACUUCUACACAUUUGCCUACAGUUACUUUCAAUGUACAGUCAUUUUUGAUGUGUUCAAUAUCUUUGUUUACCCAUUUUAGUUUCGUUUCACUUCAGAUUAUGUUUUAUAUUGACAGUGUUUAUCAUUGUGUUCACACUUUUCUAAGAGUUGUAUCAUUUUUUUAAAUAAACAAACAAAAACAUUUAUUAU